AUGUCGUCGCCAAAGGGCCAGGCCACUCCCACCAGGAGGAUUUCAACAAACAAGAUGAGGGAUUCGGACGGCGAGCUGCUGCAGUCCCUCCACCAGCUUUCCCUCUCAACCUCGCCCUCCUCGGCCUCGCCCAUCCCCGCGCGCUCGCCCCGUUCUCCCAACCCGGCGCCAGGCGGCGCGAGCUCGCCCUACAGACCGGCCGUUGACCGAUCGCCGUCUGCCCUCAGUGUUAGGACUGUCUCGCGGGCGGGCGCUUCCCCACAUGGCCGCGAUUCGCGCUCGGCGACCCCAACACUGCUUCGAAAAGCAUCCAUGAACUCGCUCCAUUCGGCCAACGGCGUCACGCCUUUACGACGCUCCAGUUCCGCCAACAUGUCCCCGACGCCCGAACCCCCGCGACCGCCUCCUCCUACUGCUGGUUCCAUAGCAAGGACACACUUCAGCGGGGAGCUCGAGCUGCUCCACGGCGCUGAGUCGAAUCGUGCUGCCGAGACACUGGUCAUCCUCCACGAUUCGUGUUACGGGCACCGGUUUGCCCGCCCGCGCACGUCGCGCGCCGCCCUGAGUACCAUUGUCGAACGGCCGGAGAGGAUAAAGGCCUGUGUCCUGGGAGUCGCCGCAGCAUACGUGUUGCUCGGCGAGAGGCACGCAGAAGGAGAGCAUGUGCUGCACCCGAGUCUGAACCCGGCCGCCAUACCCUCGAUACCUUUCCGGAUACAGAAGUCAACCCGCAGGAUGUCCCUAACAUCGCCGACGGUCACGAACGUGCACGGCACAAAAUGGAUGGAGGAGCUCAAGAUGAUGUGCGAAUCGGCCGAGGCUAAGCUUGCGACCGGUGGCAAGGAGCUUCAGCGCCCGGAGAUGAAUCGCGGCCCAGACCAUGAGCAGCCUAAGAAGCUGCACGAGGGUGACUUGUACUUGUGCUCGGAGUCGCUGGAGGCCUUGGAGGGCUCGUUGGGUGCUGUUUGCGACGCCGUUGACGCUGUCUUUGCGGAAUCUGGUCCCAAGCGCGCAUUCGUCGCGGUGCGGCCGCCGGGCCAUCACUGUUCGGCAUCGUAUCCGUCGGGCUUUUGCUGGGUCAACAAUGUCCAUGUUGGUAUCAUGCAUGGAAUCCUUGGCCAUGGCCUCACACACGCCGCCAUUAUCGAUUUCGACCUUCACCAUGGCGACGGGAGCCAGCAGAUCACCUGGCAGCAUAACUCUAGGGGUGUGGGCUUGGCGAAGAAUGCGGCGUACUGGAAGAAGGCAUCGAUUGGCUACUUCUCGCUCCACGACAUCAACUCGUACCCCUGCGAGAUGGGCGACGAGGAGAAGGUCAAGAAUGCAAGCUUGUGCAUAGACAAUGCGCACGGUCAGCACGUUUGGAACGUGCACCUGGAGCCUUGGAAGACGGAAGCCGAAUUUUGGGAGCUGUACGAGGACAAAUACGCCGUGUUGCUCGAGAAGGCACGGAAGUAUUUAAAGGCGCACACGGAACGGCUUCGCAUGGCGAAUCAGACGUCAAAGGCGGCGAUUUUCCUGUCGGCGGGCUUCGAUGCGAGUGAGUGGGAGGGCGCUGGCAUGCAGCGUCAUGUUGUGAACGUUCCGACGGGCUUCUAUGCCCGCAUCGCUCGGGACGUCACUAGGAUCGCUGAGGAGCAGGGCACAAGUGUCGAGGGAAGACUGAUCAGUGUUCUUGAGGGUGGCUACAGCGAUCGGGCGUUAACCUCUGGAGUUCUCAGUCACAUCAGCGGUCUUGCCGGCAGCGAUCCCAUACCGACGGGCGAAUCCAAUGGGAUUGGCGGCGCGGCGAAUCAGAGAACCGGGAUUGUGGGUGACAGGAGGAACUCGCUGGAGUUGAAGACGCGGCCUCAUCCCUACGAUCCCUCGUGGUGGAGUCCCGCGGACCUGGAUCUGCUCGAGACUGGCGUCGUAGCAUCUCCACCGCAGGCCAGGGCUCCUCGCACUGGGCCACUCCCGACAUACUGCACGCCAACCCAGUCUUCGACAGCGAAGAUGGUUGAUGUCGCACGACUUCGACGGCAGGCCUCUAUGAACGGCCUGCCGCCACCCAGACCGCCGACGCCCCCGCCCCCAGAGGUGCCUUGGUAUGUCGCGGCUCACGGGCUGUGUGCCGUGCUAACACCUACGGAUCGGACCACCAGAAGCUGCGGACCGGAAGAUCUCUCCGCUGAAGCCACGCGCAUCCGGCGUGAUCGCCAGCUAGCGUUGGAUGGCAUCCCGCCGCCUGAGAAUGGCAGAAGCACUCCGGCGCCGGCACCGGCGGCUCCUGCGCCCUCCAGGAUGAGUCUGCGGGAGCGAAAGCCUACGACUUAUUUCGAAGGAGACGAUGACUUCGGCAAGAACAGACGGAAGACCGUGGCCGGUGCUUCGGUCACCGCUUCUGAGAAGGGAGCCUCGCGCAGCAACACGCCACAGCCUAAUGACCGGGCGCCAACAAGACAAGGACGACGCGUUAGUGCUGCAUCAACUAUCCUUGAAUCUUUUGACGGUGCAUCGGGCAACAUUGUUCCCUUGAACGAACGGCCCGCGACGUCAAUGACUGAGCGGCCUGACUCGUCCAUGAGCGUGAGGACGACGGCGGGUGGCCCACUUGCAGUCAAGAAGACCAGGACGGCCAAGGCUAAGAAGGAUGCGCCCAAGACUGCUCGGCCAAAUAAGACCACAGCUCCAGCUACGAAGAACAUGUCGAAACCGAAGUCUUCCAGCCCUAGCGAGCCUUCUCAGAGUACCCAAGGUCCUGCGCCGAAAUCUGGCGAUGAGCUUGACAAGAUCACUUCCGGCUUCAAAAAGAUCACGCUGGUUACGAAACAGCAGAAGGAAGCUCGCGCAAAGAAGGAAUCGACAGUAUCACCGCCGAAGCCCGUAGCAAUGGAUGCCGCAAAACACAUACCUUUGCCCUCAUCCAGCCCUGACCCCAUAUCGGUUCGGCAACCGAGCCCUCUGAACGGACCUGUCUCGCAGGACAACCUUCCACAGGAGAUACCCCUGCCCAGAAGUGGACAGGAAACUCCCACGGCACUUUCGCCUCCACCCCAAACUGCCACGCCUGAUGUCUUCAUCCAAUAUCAGCCCGAGGGGCCUACUCCAAACAUCGCCGCUCCGCAAGAGCCCCUCACAUGGCUUCCUCCAAACACGGCGACACCAAGCGUGGCCAAACAAGCGGCAAUAAAUACUACUCCCACGCCGAUGAAACAAUUCGACCCGGCCUCGCUCCGAUCACCGAGUCCGAUGAAGCGGGCUGAUUUGCCCAUCUUCACACCGACCUCCCAGAUCCCCUUUGCGCCCCGUACGCCGACUGACUCAUCUUUACCGGCUGCGUCCUCCUCGCCAAGGGUUAAGAAUGAGCGGCAGCUUGAUGACGCCAUCUGGGAGGUGCCUGAGACACCUGAGUAG